UCAAAUCCUGGCAUGUAUAAAGUACUCGUACUUGUGAGCAAAGAAGAUAGGCCUAUUGGAGCAACACUUCUAUUUUUUGACGAUACCGCGGGAGAUCGUGGUCUAGGCCAGGCCUAUACUAUCUCUUCAGCAGUAUCAGCAGGAAAGUUGCUUCUUGAUCUGUAGUUCAGUAGCCAACUGUCAUCAUUUAAGCUUGGCUAGGCCUAUUUUGAUCUAGAUCUAGAAUCUAGAUUUAGAUCUAGGAAUCUAUUCUCCCUUUUUUUGGCAGAGCUGAUUUGAGUUCGAGUACAUUGUUGGAAACUGAAUACAAGCUUCACAGUUUCCUUUGACCCUGAUUGAUGAGGCCUGAGCCUGAAGACUGAGGUGAAGAUAGCAGACUGCUUCUUUAAAAGUCAAGCUCAGAAGCUGUACAAACAACAGAACCUUGAGCAGAUCUUCAAGCUCGGUUUGUUUAUUUAACACCUCUGUCCAUCUAGAAAAAGAAGGCAGCCAGAAUGUCGAGCAAGUCAAAAGAGUUUUUGUCUUCUUCUGACAGUGACGAUUCAGAUGAGCCUAGGCCAAAAAAGACAAAGCCUUCAAAACCUGAGAAACCAGCUGCGAAACCUGAAAAAAAAGAAAAAGCUAAUGAACCUAUGAAAGGUUCAGGGGGUGAAUAUAUGUUUCAGCUGGCCAAAAUGCGGUAUGCUACAGUUGGUGAGUUCAGAGGCAAUGUCAUGGUUGGAAUUAGAGAAUACUAUAAUGACAAAGAUGGAGAGCUCAAGCCUGGAAAGAAAGGGAUUAGCCUGAGUGCAGAGCAGUGGCGAGCUUUGAAGGAUCACAUUAAUGACAUUGAUGAAACAAUGAAAAAGUUUUAGCAUUUCUUGUUCUGAAAUCUGGUUUGGUUGAAUGUCAUUUGUUGAGCCUGUUCAAUGCACUGUUCCACAUUGAUUUGAUGAAUGGUGAAGAUUUCACUGCCAGUAUGAAAAGUUUGUUUUCUGUUAAAUGGAUUGGUAUUCCCAAGAGUAUGACCAUUUGUAAA